CUCAUGAACACUUCCGUGUAUAAUGCACGACAAACAAGUCCUCUUUUAGUUUUAUUGGUGUUUGACUUUUAAUGCGUUACAUGCAUAAAAUGCAUUAACAAAGGUAUCAACGUUUGUUUUUCUCACGCGGUUUAUUUAUUUAUUUAUUUUUUUUUUAACUUCUGUUUACGCCACGAGAGCUUUAGAGGACAAAAGCCGAAAACAGCCAAUGGACGAACGGUUUGUUACGGUGUCCGACAUUUCUGGAGGAUGGGAAGAUGGGCGUUAAAGAUAAUCAGGACCGAGGCCCAUUAUUAUUAUUAUUAUUCCUCCGUUUAUUUUCUACAUUAACGAUACGUGUGUCAGCUGGAGUGUACAGUGCUUUGUAAACGCGGCCCGUAUCUCUAAGGAGUGAUUCAUGGUCGCCCACCAGGCUCCCCAAUGAAGAAAAAGCCUUGUAAUCCGCUGCGUCCCAAACGCAGCAGGCAGGCCAGUGCCAGCAAUGGAUGUGUUACAGAGCCGAGCACUCUGCUGAGCUCCAACGCCCAAGCAAACUCUGAAACUGUCCCAGAAUCAACCUCACCAAUCAGGCACAUGGCUAUGUCUCAGCACAGUCACAGCCUCCUCAAAUUCUUGAAUGAGGAUCGGACCCGACAGAGGUUCUGUGAUGUGUCUGUGUCUGUGGGUGGGAAACGCUACAGUGCCCACAAGGUGGUGUUGGCCCAUGGGAGCAGCUACUUCCACGCUGAGCUGUCCAAGAACCCUGCUACAGCGCAUGUGACUCUGGACCAUGUGGAGGACUCUGUUUUCCAGCACCUGCUUGGCUUUUUGUACACCUCUGAGUGCGUUGUCCCAGAGACGGAUCUCCCAGCUCUAACUGAAGCGGCCCGAUUCCUGGACAUGAUGGAUAUACUUAAGUUGCUGUGUGAAGAAGGAGACAACAACAACUCAGUGCGUGUGAUCCAGUCACAGGAUGAGAUAAGAGAGUCUCCUGAGGUGGAAAUGACCUCCAGUGACUCACCAGCAGGUGACACAGACAUCCAGAGCCUAGGUGAUGUUCAGUGCACCAUGUGCAGUCGCCAGUUUAGCACUGCAAACUCCCUGCAGAACCACUUGGCUGAGAGUCACACUAAUGCACAGCAGGAAACCUCAACUGAGAAAGGGAAGACAGCAGCUGAGAGGACUGCUACCACGCGGAGAUCAGCUCGCAGGAGGAGAACACCCGCCAAGUAUCAGAGAGACAAUGUAAGAGACAACACUCCUGAGGAGAAACAAAGGACUGUAUCACCAAGAGAGCAAGAUGAAGAAAGAAUUGAAGAAGCGGAAAAGCUGGUUGUGGAAAACCAAGCUCCCAAACUGUCUGCGAACGAGACAUCUAAACCAGCUCAGCGGGAAGACGUAGUGGACGAUGAGGAGGAAGAAGAAGGAGACAUGAAUGAGGAUGUGGUUGCCCAGAGGAAAGUUGUUGAGGUUUGCGCAGCAGACGAGAGCGCAGGCCAGCAGGGUUCUGAUGUAGAAAGGGCAGAGCACCAGGCUGAUGGACAGGUGGAAGUGCAUGUGCCUGCAGCAGGAAGCUCUACCCAGGGUCCAGUGUACCCUGAGGGUCUGGCUCCAGUCAUCAUCCAGACCUCCAGCAAGAAGAUUCUCAAGUGCCCCAAAUGUGACAAGACCUUUGACCGCACAGGGAAGUAUGAGAGUCACACCAGAGUGCACACAGGAGAGAAACCAUUCCAGUGUGACAUCUGUCUUCAGCGCUACUCCACCAAGUCUAACCUGACUGUACACAAGAAGAAGCACACCAGCGAUGCACCCGUCCAGAAGAAGGAGCACAAAUGCCCCUACUGUAACAAACUCCAUGCCAGCAAGAAAACCCUGGCCAAGCAUGUCAGAAGGUUUCAUCCAGACCACAUCCAAGAGUUUCUUACCAAGAGGAAGAGGAAGAGUGAAGGCUGGAAAUGUGCUAUUUGUCUGAAGACCUUCACCCGCAGGCCUCAUCUGCAGGAGCACAUGAUCCUGCACACCCAGGACCGGCCUUUUAAAUGCUCCUUCUGUGAUGAAUUCUUCAAGUCCAGGUUUGCCAGGCUGAAACACCAAGAAAAGUACCACUUAGGUCCCUUUCCCUGUGAGAUUUGUGGCCGACAGUUUAAUGACACAGGCAACCGAAAGAGACACAUUGAGUGCACACAUGGCGGCAAAAGAAAGUGGACCUGCUUUGUUUGUGGGAAAUCUGUAAGGGAAAGGACAACCUUGAGAGAGCAUUUGAGGAUCCACAGUGGGGAGAAGCCUCACCUCUGUAGUAUCUGUGGCCAAAGUUUCCGUCAUGGCAGCUCCUACAGGUUACACCUGAGAGUCCACCAUGACGAUAAGCGCUAUGAGUGUGAUGAAUGUGGGAAAACCUUUAUACGCCACGAUCACCUGACCAAACAUCAGAAAAUACACUCUGGUGAGAAAGCACACCAAUGUGAAGAAUGUGGUAAGUGCUUCAGGCGCCAUGAUCAUCUGACGGUCCACUACAAAAGCAUUCAUUUGGGAGAGAAAGUUUGGCAGAAGUAUAAAACCGCUGUGCAUCAGUGUGAGGUCUGCAAGAAAGAAUUUAAAGGAAAGUCCAGUCUAGAAAUGCACUUCAGGACCCACUCAGGUGAGAAACCCCACAGAUGUCCCGAGUGCAACCAAACAUUUCGGAUCAAGAAGACCUUGACAAAGCACAUGGUGAUUCACUCAGACGCUCGUCCUUUUAACUGCCCCCACUGCAGUGCCACCUUUAAAAGAAAAGACAAGCUCAAGUACCAUGUUGACCACGUGCACAGCACCCGGUGUACUGAGCAGCCCCUCGGCACACUCGGCGAAAUCAAAAUAGUCUCCAUUCCUUUUGAGGAGCCCUCUAAGGUAUACCGCACGGAACCGAAGUCAUCCCUACAGAGCCCCCCCCGUCCUACGAACGUCUGCGUGCCUGUUACUUUAGUUCCUGUCCAAAUGGCAGGAGGAGCACAGGGAGACCUGAAUGCUCACAGGGCCGCGUCUCUGUCCUCCCAAACUCACAGCGUUGUGAACAUGCAGGCUCAAGGACAGCAGCAGAACUCUCGCUACCAGGCUGCGACAGACCUGGCAUUCUUAGAAAAGUACACCCUAACCCCCCAGCCCGCCAACAUUGUCCACCCCGUCAGGCCUGAUCAGAUGCUGGACCCCCGAGAGCAGUCCUACCUGGGCACGCUGCUGGGACUGGAUUCAGCUUCCUCUGUGCAGAACAUCUCUAACUCUGAUCACACACACUGAUGCUCCUCAGUCAUCUAAUAAGAACAGAAGCUAAAAUAUUCACCACUAAAAUGUAUUCACACUUCAAUACAGAGGGCAAUUAUUUUCCUCCAUGUAUAACAUUAUUAAAUUUAAGACAAAAACUAUAGUGGUGCAGCAUGGGAUGACAUCUUUGAUGUUCAGCCUGAUCUCAGGUCAUUCAUACCUCAUUGUCACCAACAUAAAUGUAUUUGUGUGACACAUA